AGCUUCAAAUGUGCCUUAUAAAUACCCUCUGUUAUCGCCUACCCCAAUCACCAUACUGUACUUGCCACUGCAAUUUUCCAGCUUAGAGGGCUUGGAAAGAAGGAAGCAACAGCAUGAAUCCCGAUGUGGCUGCUGCUUCAGAUGUACCCGACAUUAAGAUUAUAAUACCAGGAGAUGAUGAAAGCCAUGCCUCACCACCAAAUUUAAUGGAUGAAAUUAGGAACUCCAAAGAACGUGGGGAUAUGUACAUGCAUGCAUUCCUGGAUGAGUGGGAUAAAAUGUUACCCAUUGUUAAAGAAGAUCCAAAUAGUGUGCGCAUCCCAUUGACUGGAUUAGGCGACACAGCUCUUCAUGUAGCAGCAGGUGCGGGGAACACUACUUUUGUUGAAGAGUUGAUUAAGCUUAUGAGCCCAGAAGAUGUGCUGAGACCAAACUCAUAUGGGAUGCUUCCGGUUCACUUGGCUGCUUUAUCUUCCCAUCACAGAAUAGUUCAACUUCUAUGCUCCCACCAUCUGCUCGACAAAAUGACUUACAAGGAUAUUGAAAAACUGUUUUUUAUGACCAUCAACAACAACAUGUUUGAUGUGGCCAUUAAAUUAUUUGAAAAACGUCCAGUUGAAUUGACCUUUGCAAGAGAUGAACAACGGCUAACAUCAUUACAUAUACUGGCGCGAAAGCCUUAUGAAGUUCUAAAGAGAAAAUUACAGGACGACAUUGAAACAAGACGAUCAACCGUAACGGGUAUGGACUUGCUGAGGAGGAUAUGGACCGAAGUUAGAAAACUGAAAAUCAAAGAGAUUUUGGAUUUGACUACUAAACCAUCCGCAGUGUUGUUUGAUGCAAUAGAAUCAGGAAACCAUGACAUAGUAAUAGAGUAUUUUAUGGAGAGUGUUGCAAUACUCACGAACAUAAAGGACUCUAAUGGACGAAACCUAGUGCACUUGUUGUUUUUAUAUCGGCGUUUGGAAGUCUUUCAUCCGUUAGUAAAUGAUAAAAAACAACAUUUACUACGAGCAGUGGAUAAUGAAGGUAACAACGUCCUACACUUGGCUGCACUUUUGCCCCUUGAAUUCAAAUCAUUCUCAGGUUUAAGUGCAAAAAUUCAAAUGCAAAGAGAGCUCGGUUGGUUCGAGGGGGCAGAGAGGAGUGUUCCUCAUGAAUUAAGGAGUAUGAGAAACAAGAAGGGAAAGACACCAAUUGAUGUAUUUUAUGACGAACACAAACAAUUAUCCAAAGAUAUCAAAGAAUCUGCCAAAGGAAUAGCAGAUUCCGGGAUGGUUGUGGCAACACUUGUUGCUACUGUAGCAUUUGCAGCUGCUCUCACGGUUCCGGGUAAUAAGAACAGUGCCUGGUUCAUUGUCUUCAUCGUCACAAAUGCAAUCGCAUUGUUUACUUCUUCUGCAUCCAUACUCUCUUUCUUGUCAAAUUUCACUUCUUCAAGAUUCGCAGACACUGAAUUUGUCAUGUCACUACAUCCCAGCUUGACUUUUGGACCUGAGUUACUAAUCAUAUCUGUUGCUGCUAUGGUUGUGGCUUUCAUUGCAGCAUCCUUUCUGAUAUUUGAUUGCACAACAAAAUGGGUUUCUUAUGUAGUAACUCCAAUGGGGGUUUUCCCAUUGCUUGUGUUUAUUCUCUUUCAAUCUAAGUUCUUCGACGACUCCUAUUGGGCUAAAUACUAUCGUCCCAAACUUCGGUAACUUAAAUGCUCACACACCUAAGUUAGCGUUAGUAUUAUUAAAUUUUAGCAUCAUUAAGUGUGUUAUCCUAUAUUUUUCCGUGUCUUUGCAUUCUCCACCUCAUUGUAUAAUU